AUGCUACCACAGCGAAACAUCUCAAUCACAGUGAAGAAUGAAACUGGAGAAGGACAUUGGUAUCCACCACCACCACAACCACAACCACUACAACCAUUACAACCAUUACAACCAAUAUCACCAAUGUACGGUGAAACAAUACCAUUCUCCUAUCCAUAUGGUUAUGCUCCACCAGGCUAUUAUCCUUAUACAUCCUGUUAUCCACCGGCAUCAUGCAGUAAUACAGUACCACUUGCGCUUGAUCAAUUUUAUUGCUCGGCACAUGGAUCAUUCGCACUAGGAACAGGAGAACCAUCAAACAAACUGAUGCGAGAAUUUUGCCGAUUUACAGCGACUGCUAACGAAAAUUCGUGUAAUACUUGCUGCAAGAUUGCUGCACGACACUAUACUACCUCAGUUGAUGAAGUACACGGCAUAAUGUUUGCAUUCGAUCCGAAUAAGCCACCCAUACAGACUUAUCCGAAACCUCCACGCGUAUCACUUCUUCGAAAAAGAAGGGCCUUAAAAACUGGCACUUCGACUGAGGCAAAUCCUAUCAAACCAUCCAUCAAGAUGCAAAAUGCAGAACAGCUAGCGGUAUUGCCUGGCUUAAUACCUAUUGGCGGUAGCAUUACAUCUUCAUCGAACGACAUACCACAAUGCUUCUGUUGUGCGCCAAUGAGAUCCACCCAUGCAUUUUGA